UUAAAAUCACAGGUAUUCAGGGCAUCAGCUUUCAUAUUUAACCGCGUCAAAGAUCAGACUGACAUCCAGACGGACGAGGAACGAGACGACACACCUGAGUUGGUCCUGUGUCAUUAGGUGAUUUUCCAGUUGUUGAGUGCUGUGAGAGUCAGACAGUCCUGAGCCAUGUGUCCUGUUGUGGGAACUGCCACCCUUCUUCUGCUGGUCCUGAUGUUCAUGUCGGCUUCUGCAGCAUGGGAUCCUAAGAAGACGUGUGAAACAAAAUAUCCGGCCAUACCAUGUAGACACAAGAUCAAUAAUGAAGACUGGUUCCAGAUGGGUGACAACCGCUGUGUGAAGGCGGUCAACAAUGUGGCUGAGCGCUUGAGCUUUUAUGAUGCAGAGGAAACCUGUAACAGCUACAGACAUCGCAACUUUAUGGGUCAUCUGGUGUCAAUCCACAAUGAUCUGGAGCUGCACCAAGCGGCGUGCACCAUGUAUAGAGUUAACCCUAGAAAAGAUCAUUACUGGAUCGGACUCAAACUGCUGGAGAUGACCACUCGUGGUCGUUUUCAAUAUGUUUGGACCGAUGGAACUGAUAAUAAAUUCACUAGAUGGGGCUUUGGCCAGCCAGACUUCAAUUUGCUCAAAGAAGAAUGCAUUGAGAUGAACCACAAGGAGUGGACACUGUGGAACGACGAGCGGUGUGGUCAGCAGAGGUCCUACAUGUGUGCAGUGAGGAUCGCUUAGUUCAGAGUGAACACGAAGAGCUGCUGCAGUUGGACCAGUCAGCUUCACUGUAACCACUGCAAACACAAGCUUUGACAUUUACUGCAAUAAAUGUUCAUCAUCAGCAAA